GCUAGCAGAGCUUGGAGAACCUGGGAAUUCGAGUAGUCAGCGGCCACAGCCAUGGCUGAACGCCGCGCCUUCGCCCAGAAAAUUAGCAGAACGGUGGCUGCUGAGGUACGGAAACAGAUCGCCGGACAGUACGGAGGCUCUCCGCAGCUUCUCAAGAACCUCAAUGUGGGUGCUAACGCUACCAGUAACACUGUUCCCCUCACUGAGACAGUGGAACCCGUGGACUUUGAAGAGUACCUCAUCACGCACCCCCCUAUUGUGGAGUCGGGACCACUGCGAGACCUCAUUGAGUUCCCCCACGAUGACAUAGAAGUCAUCUACACGCCCCGCGAAUGCCGCACAGUGGGGCAGUCACUGCCAGAUGAGGGUGACAGUGAUGCACACGUCAGAGACUGCACAAGAUCUUACACAGAGGAUUGGGCUGUCGUCAACCGCAAGUACCACAAGCUGGGCACUGGCUUCAACCCCAACACUCUGGACAAGCAGAAGGAGCGUCAGAGAGGACUCCCCAAGCAGGUCUUCGAGUCAGACGAGUUGCCAGACAGCAGCAGCUACCAGGAUGACCAGGAUGACUUGAAGCGGCGCUCCAUGUCCAUUGAUGACACGCCCCGGGGCAGCUGGGCCUGUAGCAUUUUCGACCUGAAGAACUCUCAGCCAGACGCCCUGCUGCCCCACCUGCUGGACCGCGCCCCCAACGAGGAGAUCGACCGGCACAACGAGGACCAGCGCAAGGCCAACAGGCACCGCGAGCUCUUUGCCCUCCACCCAGCUCUAGACGAGGAGGAGCCAAUUGAGCGCCACUGCGUCCCCGAGGUCCCCAAAGAGCAACUUGGCCAGAGGCUGCUGGUGAAGUGUCUGUCCUUGAAGUUUGAGAUUGAAAUAGAACCAAUAUUUGCGAGUUUGGCCUUGUACGACGUCAAGGAGAAGAAAAAGAUAUCAGAGACCUUCUUCUUCGACUUGAACUCGGAGCAAACCAAAGCUAUGCUGCGGCCGCACAUCCAGACGGCUGCCAUCUCCACGCUGGCCCGCUCGGCCAUCUUCUCCAUCACGUACCCCUCUCAAGACGUCUUCCUAGUGAUCAAGUUGGAGAAAGUGUUACAGCAAGGAGACAUUGGCGAGUGUGCAGAGCCAUACAUGGUUUUCAAAGAAGCUGAUGCUGCUAAGAACAAGGAGAAGCUGGAGAAGUUACGUGGCCAGUCAGAGCAGUUCUGCCAGCGCCUGGGUCGCUACCGUAUGCCCUUUGCCUGGACAGCCAUCCACCUGAUGAACAUCGUCAACAGUGCUGGCAGCCUGGAGAGGGACACCGAGCUGGAGAUGGGCCUGCCAGAGCGGAAAGGCUCCUGGUCAGAGCGCCGCAACUCGAGCAUCGUGGGCCGGCGUUCCCUGGAGAGGACCACCAGCGGGGAUGAGCCAUGCAGCCUCUCCAGCUUCAGGCCAGCCACCCUCACAGUCACCAAUUUCUUCAAACAGGAGGGUGAUCGGCUGAGUGAUGAAGACUUGUAUAAGUUCUUGGCUGACAUGAGGAGGCCUUCAUCUGUACUGCGUAGACUGCGUCCCAUCACAGCCCAGCUAAAACUGGACAUCUCCCCUGCCCCUGAGAACCCCCACUACUGCUUGACCCCGGAGCUGCUGCAGGUCAAGCCCUACCCCGACAGCAGGGUGCGACCCACGCGGGAGAUCCUGGAGUUCCCUCCCAGAGAUGUCUACAUGCCCAACACCAACUACAGGAACUUGCUGUAUGUGUAUCCUCAGAGCCUGAACUUUGCCAACCGCCAAGGUUCUGCCCGCAACAUCACAGUGAAGGUGCAGUUCAUGAAUGGAGAGGAUGCCAGCAACGCCCUACCUGUGAUUUUUGGAAAGUCCAGCUGUGGGGAGUUCGCCAAAGAGGCAUACACCGCUGUGGUGUAUCAUAACCGUUCUCCAGAUUUCCAUGACGAGAUGAAGAUCAAGCUGCCAGCGUCUCUGAGCGACCACCACCACAUCCUCUUCACCUUCUACCACGUCAGCUGCCAGCAGAAGCAGAAUACCCCGCUGGAGACGCCCGUAGGAUACACGUGGAUUCCCAUGCUUCAGAAUGGCCGUCUGAGAACAGGUCACUUCUGUCUGCCCGUGUCCCUGGAGAAGCCUCCACAGUCCUACUCAGUACUCUCCCCUGAGGUGCCGCUACCAGGCAUGAAAUGGGUUGAUAAUCACAGAGGCGUCUUCAAUGUGGAAGUGGUGACCGUGUCUGCCAUCCAUACACAGGACCAGUACUUGGAUAAAUUCUUUGCGCUGGUGCACGCCCUGGACGAGCACCUGUUCCCGGUGCGCAUCGGAGACAUGCGCAUCAUGGAGAACAACCUGGAGGCGGAGCUGAAGUCCAGCAUCGCGGCGCUGGCCUCCUGCCAGCUGGAGCCCGUGGUGCGCUUCCUGCACCUGCUGCUGGACAAGCUGGUGCUGCUGGUGGUGCGGCCACCCGUCAUCGCCGGACAGAUAGUAAAUCUGGGGCAAGCCUCGUUUGAAGUGAUGGCGUCUAUUGUUAACCGGCUGCACAAGUACCUGGACACCAGUCAGGACCAGCACGGUCGAAACUCACUCCUCUCCUCCUACAUCCACCACGUCUUCCGUCUGCCCAACAUGGACCCCAACUCCCCCUCGCCAGGUCCAGGAGGCCUCGGCGGCUCUGUGCAUUAUGCCACUAUGGCCCGCUCGGCGGUCCGGCCAGCCAGUCUCAACCUCAACCGCUCACGUAGCCUUAGCAACAGCAACCCUGACAUCUCGGGGACCCCCACCUCCCCUGACGACGAGGUGCGCGCCAUUAUCGGUAGCAAGGCCAUGGAGCGCGGUGGCAACCGCAUGUCCUCCCACACUGAGAGCGCCAGUUUCUUGCAAACUUUAACAGGACGCUUGCCGACCAAAAAGCUCUUCCAUGAGGAGUUGGCCCUGCAGUGGGUGGUGAGCAGUGGCAGCGUGCGCGAGGGGGCACUGCAACAGGCCUGGUUCUUCUUUGAGCUCAUGGUGAAGAGCAUCAUCCACCAUCUUUAUUUCACCGACCGCCUGGACUCACCCAGGAAGAACCGCUUCCCGGAGCGCUUCAUGGAUGACAUCACCGCCCUGGUCAGCACCAUUGCUGGUGACAUUGUCUCCCGGUUCCAGAAGGACCUGGAGCUGGUGGAGAGGCUUAACAUGAGCCUGGCCUUCUUCCUCAACGACUUGCUGUCUGUUAUGGACCGGGGUUUUGUCUUCACCCUCAUCAGAACCUACUGGAAACAGGUGUCCUCUAAGCUGUAUGCCCUCCAGAACCCCACGUUGGAGUCCUUGCGUCUGGACUUUCUACGCAUAGUGUGCAGCCACGAGCACUAUGUCACCCUUAACCUGCCGUGUAGUCUGCUCACCCCACCAGCCUCUCCUUCCCCCUCUGUGUCUUCCGCUACAUCCCAGAGUUCUGGCUUUUCCACCCACGUCCAGGACCAGAAGAUUGCCAACAUGUUCGAGCUGUCCGUGCCCUUCAGGGAGCAGCACUACCUGGCAGGCCUCGCGCUGACUGAGCUGGCCAUCAUACUGGACCCAGAUGCAGAGGGGAUGUUUGGGUUGCAUAAGAAGGUAAUCAGCGUUGUACAUAACCUGCUGUCCAGCCAUGACUCUGACCCACGUUACGCCGACCCGGAGGUCAAGGCCAGGGUUGCCAUGCUUUACCUGCCACUCAUCGGCAUCGUCAUGGAAACCCUCCCUCAGCUGCAUGACUUCACCGAAUCGCACAACCAGUGGGGUCGUCCGGGAGGGACUGGGGGAGAGGAGGCCGAGGUGGAGGGCAACAGCCUGAUCAGUCAGACGGUGGCCAUGGCCAUUGCUGGGACCUCUGUGCCCCAGAUGUCCAGACCAAGCAGUUUCCUGCUCAACCCCCAACAGGCCACCCGUCAGCACGGCUCCUUCUCGGCCGAGUCCAGCCGCAGCCUGCUCAUCUGCCUCCUCUGGGUGCUGAAGAACGCAGACGAGAUGGUGCUGCAGAAGUGGUUCACAGACCUCUCCGUCUCCCAGCUCAACCGCCUGCUCGACAUGCUCUACCUCUGCGUCUCCUGCUUCGAGUACAAGGCCCAUGUUCUCUUCACCAUGCAGGGCAAGAAGGCCUUUGAGCGCAUGAACAGCCUGACCUUCAAGAAGUCCAAGGACAUGAAGGCCAAGCUGGAGGAGGCCAUCCUGGGCAGCAUCGGCGCUCGACAGGAGAUGGUCCGACGCAGCCGGGGACAGCUGGAGCGGAGUCCAUCAGGCAGUGCCUUUGGCAGUCAGGAGAACUUGCGGUGGAGGAAAGACAUGACCCACUGGAGACAGAACAGCGAAAAAAUGGACAAGAGCCACAAAUCAGUCAGGUUUAGAGACACCCUGCCUCGCUAUGGGAGAAGCCUGGAGCCCUUGUUAGCUAGGACGCGUGCAGAGCUAGAGCAUGAAGCUCUCAUCGAUGGAAAUCUGGCCACUGAGGCCAACCUCAUCAUCCUGGAUACACUGGAGAUCGUCGUCCAGACUGUGUCGGUGACCGAGUCUAAGGAGAGCAUCCUGGGAGGAGUGCUGAAGGUGCUCUUGCACAGCAUGGCCUGUAACCAGAGCGCCCUCUACCUGCAGCACUGCUUUGCUACACAGAGAGCUCUCGUCUCUAAGUUCCCGGAGCUGCUGUUUGAGGAGGAGACGGAGCAGUGUGCGGACCUGUGCCUCAGACUCCUGCGGAGCUGCAGCAGCAGCAUCAGCAGCAUCCGCGCUCACGCCAGCGCAUCCCUCUACCUGCUGAUGAGGCAGAACUUCGAGAUCGGCAACAACUUCGCACGGGUGAAGAUGCAGGUGACCAUGUCCCUGUCGUCGCUGGUGGGCACCUUUCAAAACUUCAACGAGGAGUUUCUGCGGCGUUCGUUAAAGACCAUCCUGACCUACGCUGAGGAGGACUUGGAGCUACGGGAAACAACCUUUCCUGACCAGGUUCAAGACUUGGUGUUUAACUUGCAUAUGAUCUUGUCCGACACGGUGAAGAUGAAGGAGCACCAGGAGGACCCAGAGAUGCUCAUAGAUCUCAUGUACAGAAUUGCCAAGGGUUACCAGACGUCUCCGGAUCUUCGUCUGACAUGGCUGCAGAACAUGGCGGGCAAACACUCGGAGCGCAACAACCACGCGGAGGCAGCCCAGUGUCUUGUCCAUAGCGCUGCCCUGGUGGCAGAGUACCUCAGCAUGUUGGAGGAUCGCAAAUACCUGCCAGUGGGCUGUGUCACUUUCCAGAACAUUUCCUCAAACGUGUUGGAGGAGUCGGCCGUGUCUGAUGACGUGGUGUCCCCUGAUGAGGAGGGCAUCUGCUCGGGGAAGUACUUCACUGAGGCCGGCCUGGUGGGGCUCCUUGAACAGGCUGCUGCCUCCUUCUCCAUGGCUGGGAUGUAUGAGGCUGUGAAUGAGGUAUAUAAGGUUCUUAUACCCAUCCACGAAGCCAACAGAGAUGCCAAGAAAUUAGCGACCAUUCAUGGUAAACUCCAGGAAGCCUUUAGCAAAAUAGUCCAUCAGAGCACGGGCUGGGAGAGGAUGUUUGGGACUUAUUUUAGAGUUGGCUUUUAUGGCUCCAAGUUUGGAGACUUGGAUGAGCAAGAGUUUGUGUACAAAGAGCCAGCCAUCACCAAACUGGCAGAGAUCUCCCAUAGACUCGAGGGUUUCUAUGGGGAGAGAUUUGGAGAGGACCAGGUGGAGGUCAUCAAAGACUCCAACCCAGUGGACAAGUGCAAACUGGACCCAAACAAAGCCUUUGUCCAGAUCACCUACGUAGAGCCCUACUUUGACACGUACGAGAUGAAGGACCGCAUCACCUACUUUGACAAGAACUACAACCUGCGGCGCUUUGUCUACUGCACGCCCUUCACGCUGGAUGGACGGGCACACGGCGACCUGCACGAGCAGUACAAGCGCAAGACCAUCCUUACCACCUCCCACGCCUUCCCCUACAUCAAGACCCGCAUCAACAUCAUCCAUAAGGAAGAGAUUAUCUCCAUGCCCAUAGAGGUGGCCAUCGAAGAUAUGCAGAAGAAGACUCAGGAGCUGGCUUUCGCCACCCACCAAGACCCAGCAGAUGCCAAGAUGUUGCAGAUGGUGCUCCAAGGAUCUGUGGGCACCACAGUCAAUCAGGGACCACUGGAGGUUGCCCAGGUGUUCCUGUCUGAGAUCCCAAGUGACCCGAAGCUUUUCAGGCACCACAAUAAGCUUCGCCUCUGUUUCAAAGAUUUCACUAAAAGAUGUGAGGAUGCCCUCCGCAAAAACAAGAGCCUGAUUGGUCCCGACCAGAAGGAGUACCAGCGGGAGCUGGAGAGGAACUACCACCGGCUGAAGGAGGCGCUGCAGCCCCUCAUCAACAGGAAAAUCCCUCAGCUUUACAAGCCUGUGCUGCAGGUCAACUCCCACAGGGAUUCCUUCAGUCGGAUGAGCCUACGCAAACUUGACAUGUGAACGUGGGAAAAUGGACGGCUUGUGCACAUGAAGAAAAAAAAAAGAAAAACAAAAAAAAUGAUAAUUUAUUUGUUUGUAAAUAUCAAAAGGCCCUUGAGAAAAUUCAGUGUUCUACCUAGUAAGGUUUGGGGGGUAGAUUAGGGGAAGCAAGUCAGAUAAGUGGAAGCAAGUAUUAAGCAUUGGUACGUCAUUCCAAUACCUUAUUCGUUUACAAAACGAUCUGUUACGAACUGAAGAUGGAUUUUUGCUGCGUACGUUAUGUCAAUCCGGAUUUUAUUUCCUGUGUGCACUUUUUAUUUUUGAACUGUUAUGAUGCAUUUUUUUUAGGCAUUGUACAACUCGAAAGUUUACUAUUUAAUCCAAAAUGACAAAACAAGCAAAAAAGGUACCACUAUUUAUCAUGAUGGUUCAUCUUUUUUUUUUUUUUAGUUACUGCUGGUACUACAUUUGUUUAAAAAAGUGAAAAGAAAAAAAAGAAACUCUGGUACUGUUCCAGACAUCCAUGGAUUGUUUUAUGUAGCUUUUCUUUACUUUACAUAUUUUACUAAAUAAAUUUUAAUGUCUAUA